AUGCGUGGUGAAUGGAAUGGUUUGCAAGCAUUAUUUCUUAAUGAUUGUCCUUAUGCAUAUUAUGUGCAUUGCUUAGCUCACCGAUUACAACUAGCAUUAGUUGCCGCAUCUAGAGAAGUAAUCGUUGUCCAUCAAUUCUUUUCAAACUUGAACUUCAUUAUCAAUAACAUCGGAGCUUCUUGCAAACGAAUUGAUGAAUUACAUUAUGCUAAAGUUAUGGAAAUUGCCCAUUUGAUAGAUCUUGAUGAACUUGAAACCGGUCGAGGAGCUAAUCAGAUUGGUAACUUGCAACGACCUGGAGAUACUCGUUGGAGCUCCCAUUUUGAUUCUGUUUGUAGUUUGAUAAGGUUAUUUAGUCCAACAUGUUCAGUUCUUAACAACCUCAUUGAAGAUGGAUGUAAUUACAAGAUCCGGGGAGAUGCUGAUACUGCUUUUAAUACUCUUAGAUCAUUUCAGUUUGUGUUUAUUUUGCAUUUGAUAAAAGAUAUCAUGGGAAUAACUAAUAUCCUUUGUCAAGCUUUGCAACAAAAGGAUCAAGACAUCGUAAAUGCUAUGCAAUUGGUUUCGAGUACAAAACAAAUCAUUCUGAAAUUGAGAGAAAAUAGUUGGAACAAGUUACUUGAUAUUGUUAAAUCAUUUUGUGAGUGCCACAACAUUGAUGUGCCUGAUUUGAGUGUUCUUUAUACCAAAAAAAUUAAGGGCCAGUCACGUCACCCACAAGAGAAUAUUACACUUGAGCACCACUAUCGGAUUGAUAUAUUUUAUGGCACAAUUGAUUCACAAUUGCAAGAGUUGAAUAACAGAUUUAGUGAAAAGGCAAUGAAACUUGUUACUCUCAGCUCAGCUUUGGAUCCUAGAGAUGAUAAAUUUUAUCCUCAAGAUUUCACGGACCAAGAGAGGAUUAUGUUGACAUUCCAAUUGCAACAUUAUGAGGUUGAAAUGCCUGUUCAUUUAUAUUUGAAAAAUAUGUCAACGAUUUCUGAACUAUGUAGAGGAUUAGUGGAAACAAAGAAGUCAAAAAUCUACUUUUUGAUUGAUAGGUUGAUUCGUCUUGUCUUGACUCUUCCCGUUUCCACGGCAACUAUAGAAAGGGCAUUUUCAACUAUGAAACUUGUCAAAACACAACUGCGCAACAUGAUGGAGGAUGAGUUUCUUGCAGAUUACUUGAGUGUUAGUAUUGAAAAAGAAAUUGCUCAGACUUUUAGUACAGAUUCAAUUAUAGAUGAUUUUUCUUCUCUAAAAGAUCGUCGAGCUCAGCUUUUGUAG